AUGACUCUCUGGCCUUACGUUUUACUGCCAAAGCUUUUCGUGCUUUCCCCAAGGGCGCUUACGACGCCAUUCCCAGUUCGUUCCACCCAGCAAGCUUUUCACAAAGUUCUCGCUUGUCGUCCUGUAUCAGUCUCAGCCUCCGAUGAUGUCUUCACUUGGGACGACGUCGUUAGGAUAUCCAAACCGGAAACCCUUCCCGACGACCCUUCAGAUCUUAAGGGCUACUCGGAAAAGAUCAAAAUCUGCAAUCGCGCUUUCCUUGAUAAGUUAUACAAUACAUUUUCUCCGCUGCCAAAACAGAAACAGACCAAUUGUUCGUUUAUCUGA